UUCCCCACCCUCGCUCCGCGUCUGCUGUGUGGAAGCGGAAAGAGGGGGGUGCAGAGGGGCUAGACUCCCCUUCCUCGGCAGUAGCCAGUUCUACCUGGCUUCGCUGCAACGCGGGCCUCUUCUUGUCUGUCCUGCUCCUCGCGACUCAGAGGCUGGAAGGAAGAGGAACUGAAAUGUGAAGAAACUCCUGCUGCAAGUUUGACUCUGGUAUAUGUAAUGUGAUUUAGGAUAGAUGUAAAAAAAAGAAAACGUCGUGACUUUACUUAGUACUAUCAUUUCUCAUGGGAAGAAGUUAAACCUGGAAGGAUUUGUGUUCAUGAGAGGAAGAAUCUCAUACAAAUUAUUGAACUGCAUCUUAAUUUUCCUCUUUGCCAAGAUGUUUUGAUAGUGAGAAGACUAUUAGGAUGCCCUUUGCAGCACAGAGGCUGAGAGAUCCUGACAUAAAUCCUUGUUUGUUGGAAUCAGAUGCUUCUACCAGAUGCAUGGAAGAAAAUAAGUAUGAUAAGAGUAGGUGCUAUGCUUACUUCCUGAAGUACAAAAACUGCCGGAAAUUCUGGAAUUCUAUCAUGAUCCAUCGAAGACAGAAGGGUUUGGAACCGUAUAUGCCUACCGCAGCAGAAAGAGAAGAAAUCUUGAGUGCCAUGGGGAAAAUGCCCUACUGACUGUUUGUAUUAAAGUUGUUUACACAGCUUAAAAGCAGAUAAAUAUUUUAAAUAAAUGAUUACUCUGGUUUUCUAAAACAUUA